AUGGCAUUCGCGCCCAGGCCUGGAUGCCCAAUGUGCGGCAUCGUGACGACCGCCCUCCACGCGCCCUCAAACUCACCCCGCUCGCCGUCGUUUCCAGUGGGAUCCACCCAACCAGAAGUCCUCUGGCGGGACGACAACUUCACGGCAUACAGAGAGAAGGCGAACCCUGUGUCGAGCAAGGGCCACAUUAUCAUCGCAUUCAAUUUGCAUGUACCAUCAAUAUACACGCUGUCCUCGACAGACCUACCUCUCCUCGUCAAUGUCAGAAACCUCGCAACUCGCCUCCUGACUUCGUUUUUACCCCCCAGUUCGCCUACGACGAACCCUCGAUCCAGCGAGCAAUACCCAGAGGCAUCACCCCCGAACGCCUCGAUGCCAUCACCUUCGGCAGCCGCUUUUCUGACGCCUACGUCGUCCUAUGCACGCAGGUCACAUGAAACACUCAAUUCACCAGCUGUACCCCCACAGACCCCCCUUCACUCUCAUCCAGACUUCCAUAUCGGCUUCAUCACUCCGCCUUUCAAGGACACGAAGAUACCAGUCACAGACCACCUCCACGCCCACGCCUACAUCGGACCAGGCGACCUGAUGGGCUGGUGGCGUGGGGUCGCUUACUCUUCAAUUGCUUGGUACGACAUCGACGAUUUGAUUGCUGAAAUACGAGAAUCGGUGUCAAAUAAUCGUAUCAAAUCAGGGUACGAGAACCGUGGAAUGGCACCGAUCGACAUGGUUCCUGGGGCGGGUGCACGGUGUGGCACCGCCGAUGGCACUGAAACCUCGGAGCCUGGUCUCGCCUUACCCGACGCUUACCUCGAAGAAGGAGAAAGUACACCUGCCCCGGCGAUUAUGAGGAGGCCUAUCACCCCGAGCACGCUUGAACCUCAGAACCGUAUACCAAGUUUGACAGUAUAA